AUGUCAUCGGCGCCGGCGCCUGCGUCUGUCCCACCUACGUCUGAUAUGUCAGAGCAAACCGGCUUGAAGAAGGGGACGGGAAGGGAAGAGCGCGCCCCUGUUUCGGCGCCUGUCGCGAAGCAGAAUUACAAGGGGUUUGUGGCGGGAGUAUUUUCGGGCAUUGCGAAGCUCAGCGUUGGUCAUCCAUUCGAUACCGUUAAGGUCCGCCUUCAAACGAACACAGAUGGACGUUUCCGUGGGCCGUUAGAUUGCACUCUACAAACGGUGCGCAAGGAGGGUGUGCGAGGAUUAUACAAGGGUGCUACCCCACCGCUGGUCGGAUGGAUGGUCAUGGACUCUGUUAUGUUGGGAUCAUUAACGCUAUACCGACGACUGCUGCUGGAAAACGUCUUUUCCAAACCUCACCUCCGUCAAUGGAUUCCUUUCUCAAGCAAUCAGAACUUGAGCACACUCCCUAGCUUUGGCCAUGGACUCGCGGGUAUUAUGGCGGGCACUACUGUCAGCUUUAUCGCCGCUCCAGUUGAACACAUCAAGGCCCGACUUCAGAUUCAGUAUGCGGCCGACAAGAGCAAGCGCAUGUACAGUGGGCCGAUUGACUGUCUUCACAAGAUGGUCAACACACACGGUAUCAGAGGUGUCUACCGCGGUCUUUGGGCUACAGUCUUCUUCCGAGCCUUCUUUUUCUUCUGGUGGGGCUCCUACGACGUUCUCACUCGCUACAUGAAGGACAAUACCAAGAUGUCUGCACCCGCAAUCAAUUUCUGGGCUGGAGGUAUCUCUGCCCAAAUAUUUUGGCUCACCUCGUACCCAUCCGACGUGGUGAAGCAACGCCUCAUGACCGACCCUAUGGGCGGUGCUCUCAAUGACGGGAAAAGGCAGUUCCGCGGCUGGAAGGAUGCCUGUAAGGCCGUCUGGCGUGAACGUGGGUGGAGAGGCUACUGGCGGGGCUUCGUGCCAUGUUUCCUUAGGGCGUUCCCGGCGAACGCGAUGGCCCUGGUUGCAUUUGAAGGCGUGAUGCGCACUCUUCCCUGA